GUGUUGCUGGCGGCCCCUCCCCGUGCGGGGACACGUGGCGAGCGCAGUCCAAGCCCUGGGGAAAGAACCUGGCCCGUGGGGAGGUGGGGUGCGGGGGAGCCGAGGCGGCGACGAACUGAGCCAAGCCCUGCAAGGUUCUCAGCUGAGAGGUGGCGGCAGCAGCGGCGGAGGGAGGGGAGGAGGCAGGCGGGCGCAUGGGGCGCCCCGGCCCAGCCGGUAGCGCGCCCCCUCCGGCCCGGCCGCGCUGAACGCCCCCCCACCCCCACACCCCCAGAGCUGAGCCUCGAUCCCGCUCCCUGAGGCCAUGCCGGUCAUGAAGGGGUUGCUGGCCCCGCAAAACACCUUCCUGGACACCAUCGCCACCCGCUUCGACGGCACGCACAGCAAUUUCCUGUUGGCCAACGCACAAGGUCCACGGGGCUUCCCUAUCGUAUACUGUUCUGACGGCUUCUGUGAGCUCACAGGCUACGGCCGUACUGAGGUCAUGCAGAAAACCUGCAGCUGCCGUUUCCUCUAUGGCCCAGAGACCAGUGAGCCAGCCCUGCAGAGGCUGCACAAGGCCCUGGAAGGUCACCAGGAACACCGAGCUGAAAUCUGCUUCUAUCGGAAGGAUGGCUCGGCCUUUUGGUGCCUUCUGGACAUGAUGCCCAUCAAGAAUGAGACGGGGGAGGUUGUGCUUUUCCUCUUCUCCUUCAAAGACAUCACUCAGAGUGGAAGCCCAGGACCUGGCCCCUCUGGAGGUCACGGGGACAGCAAUCAUGAAAACUCCCUUAGCAGGAGGGGAACCAGCUCAAGACUUCGAUCUGCCAGGAGGCACAGCCGAACUGUCUUACACCGACUAACUGGUCACUUUGGCCGCCGGGGCCAGGGAGGCAUGAAAACCAGUAACAACGUCUUUGAACCAAAGCCAUCAGUGCCCGAGUACAAGGUGGCCUCCGUUGGGGGCUCCCGCUGCCUGCUCCUUCACUACAGCAUCCCCAAGGCUGUCUGGGAUGGCCUUAUCCUCCUUGCCACCUUCUAUGUUGCGGUCACCGUUCCGUACAAUGUCUGCUUCUCGGGUGAUGACGACACCCCCAUCACUUCCCGGCACACACUUGUCAGCGACAUCGCCGUGGAGAUGCUCUUCAUUCUGGAUAUUAUCCUGAACUUCCGAACCACCUAUGUGUCCCAGUCUGGCCAAGUGGUCUCUGCUCCCCGUUCCAUUGGCCUCCACUACCUGGCCACCUGGUUCUUCGUUGACCUUAUUGCUGCUCUGCCUUUUGACCUGCUUUAUGUUUUCAACAUCACUGUGACAUCACUGGUGCACCUGCUGAAGACGGUACGGCUGCUGCGGCUGCUGCGGCUACUGCAGAAGCUGGAGCGCUAUUCCCAGUGCAGCGCAGUGGUGCUCACGCUGCUCAUGUCUGUGUUUGCUCUCCUUGCCCACUGGAUGGCCUGUGUCUGGUAUGUCAUCGGGCGCCGGGAGAUGGAGGCCAAUGACCCGCUCCUCUGGGACAUCGGCUGGCUGCACGAGCUGGGUAAACGGCUGGAGGUGCCCUAUGUCAACAGUUCAGCGGGUGGCCCAUCCCGGCGUAGUGCUUACAUCGCUGCCCUCUACUUCACGCUGAGCAGCCUCACCAGUGUGGGCUUCGGCAAUGUGUGCGCCAACACUGAUGCUGAGAAGAUCUUCUCUAUCUGCACUAUGCUCAUAGGCGCACUCAUGCAUGCCGUGGUAUUCGGGAAUGUGACAGCCAUCAUCCAGCGCAUGUACUCGCGCCGCUCACUCUACCACAGCCGAAUGAAGGACCUAAAGGACUUCAUCCGGGUGCACCGCCUGCCCAGGCCGCUCAAGCAGCGCAUGCUGGAGUACUUCCAGACCACGUGGGCUGUUAACAGUGGCAUCGAUGCCAAUGAGUUACUGCGUGACUUCCCAGACGAGCUGAGAGCUGACAUUGCUAUGCACCUGAAUCGAGAGAUCCUGCAGCUGCCACUGUUUGGAGCAGCAAGCAGGGGCUGCCUGAGGGCCCUUUCUCUGCAUAUCAAGGCCUCCUUCUGCGCUCCUGGGGAGUACCUGUUACGCCGUGGGGACGCCCUGCAAGCACACUACUAUGUCUGCUCUGGCUCGCUUGAGGUGCUCCGAGACAACAUGGUGCUGGCUAUUCUAGGUAAGGGGGACCUGAUUGGGGCAGAUAUCCCUGAGCCAGGGCAGGAGCCUGGGGCAGGAGCAGGCCCCAGCUGUGUUCUGAAGACCAGCGCUGAUGUGAAGGCACUGACCUACUGCGGCCUGCAGCAGCUGAGCAGCCGAGGUCUGGCUGAGGUCCUGAGGCUCUAUCCUGAGUACGGAGCUGCCUUCCGGGCUGGCCUGCCCCGAGACCUCACCUUCAACUUACGCCAGGGCUCUGACACCAAUGGUCUCAGCCGAUUUUCCAGAUCCCCUCGUCUCUCCCAGCCUCGCUCGGAAAGCCUGGGCUCCUCCUCAGACAAGACUCUGCCAUCCAUCAGCGAGACUGAGGGUGGGGCAGAUCCUGGGAGCGCUCCCAGGCCCCGCAGGCCCCUCCUGCUGCCCAGUCUCAGUCCAGCACGGCCCCAGGGCUCCCUGGUCAGCCUUUUGGGCGAUGACCUACCUCCAUUUUCUGCCCUUGUCUCCUCCCCUUCCCUGUCCCCAUCUCCUUCCCCUGCCCCAGCUUGCCGAGGCCACAGCCCUUCCCCUCAUGGGCCCCCAAAGGGGGCCUGGAAGCCCCCCCAGCUUCUCAUUCCCCCGGUGGGCACCUUCGGACCUCUGGACCUCAGUCCUCGGAUAGUGGAUGGCAUUGAGGAUUCAGGCAGCACAGCAGAAGCCCCCACAUUCCGAUUCAGCAGGAAGUCUGAGCACCCAAGGCCCCGCUCACAGGCUCCUUCUACAGCAGGAACCAGGCCUAGCCAGGAACUGGCCUCUGAGGCUGAGGAGGUGAAGGAGAAAGUCUGCAGGCUGAACCAAGAGAUCUCCCGUCUCAACCAAGAAGUAUCUCAGCUUAGCCAAGAGCUUCGACACAUGAUGGACCUCCUACAAGCCAGGCUGGGUCCUCCAGGCCACCCAGUGGUGUCAUCUUGGCCCUCAGACCCUCUUUGUACCCAGCAGAGGCCUCCAGGCAUGCCUGGAGACCUCUCCAGAUCACCCCCUGGCCUCCAGGAUACUACUCUUGCUGAGGUCCACUGUCCAGCUGGUGUGGGGACAACAGAGAUGGGGGCUGCCACCACAGACCUGAGACCCUCCAUGCUGUCACCGUAUAACUCUGAACCUGACCCUCUGAGACCCUCUUCAGUGCCAGAGGCCUCACCCUCAACCCCAAGCCUCAUGAGCCAGAGCUUCCGUUCUAGGUCGGACACAUUCCACUGACCCUGGCCCUGGGCCCAGGCCUGUCUGGGGUGGGCUUUGCUGCCUACCAUCCAGGGAAGGGCUGGGCCCCUUGGCCUCCUGCCUUGGGUCAGCAGCCAUCAGCUGGUCUUGUUGGCUCUGGAUUCUCUGGACAUUUUUUUUUUAAAGCAAAGACUGGUGACUUCUGACUCUGUCCCUUAUCCAACCUUUCUCCUGCCCUCCUCUAUGAGGAGAGUGACAUGAGGCUGUGGAAUCUGGUGGACGUGAGAUGGACUGCAGUGCCACUGGCCGGAGUGGAUGAGACCUCCUGCCUUCUCCCCAGCACCCAGAGGCAGGCUGUCACUGAAGAUGGCCUCUUUGGCUGCCAGCAACUUGAAACACUUUCAGCAGCAUCCUUUUCCUUCCUAUACCCCAAGACCUCAGCCUGUUCUCCCCAUUUGCAACAUGGUCUCACUCAGGGGUCUGACUUCUCACAAACUCACCAUAGUCUCCAGCUCUACUUUACCACCCUACACACUGGACUCACUUUGGGAUAGGAAAUAAACUUUAUUUUUGUA